AUGGCAAAAAGUUCAUGGGAUCAAUUGCCACCAGAACUGUUUCAACCGAUGAAGAAUAUGUAUGACAAUGAUCAACAUUUCGAGACAGAAUCGAAGAAGCUUAAUGAGAAGAAAGAUAAAAUAGUAACUAAAGUAGAAGAUAAUCAGAAAGCGUUCGAUAAUAUAUUUGCGAAAAGCGAUGAUAUACUACGGAAAUCGGAAGAACAAAUUGGAGAAAUACGAAAGCUAGAGGUCAACAAAUUAAAGUUGUACGAAGAACAAUUAGAAAAAUUCAAUGCCGCUGAUCUUGAAAAAUCAAAAUUAGAUGAAUAUCAAGGAAAUAUUGAUAAUUUACAGCGUGAACUUAAAUUACAUGAACAACAAAAAGUUGAACUCGGCAAGGAACAAGAAGUAAUUAAGAAAGAAAUGUCUCAAAUACAGUCGACUCAAGCUGAAUUGCGGCGCCAAUUAGAGAAAGUCAAAGAAGAACUUCUCAAAAACGAAAAUCUUCUCUCGGAAGCGAUAGACGAACGUCAAAGAUGUGAAAAAAAAGUCGAAGAACUUCGAAAAUUAAUCGAAAGCAUCGAAGAAAAUAUCAAUAGAAAUAAAAAACAACUCGAAGAAUUAAUGGCAAAACAACGUGAGUUAGAAAAUCAGCGAAAAGAUUUAGAAAAGCAAAUCGAUCAACUAAAUGCCCAUAUCAUUAACUUGGAAGCACUUCUGCGAGACAAGGAAGCUAAAGUUGCUCGUCUUGAACAAGAAGUUCGCGAUUUGCAAGAGAAAAUAAAAGAUUUAGAAAAAGAAGUUGAGCAAAUACGAGAAAAAAUCGAAACUGUUAGGGAAAAAAUCGAGAAACUCAAUCAAGAAAUGGUCACAAGUGAGCGGAAAUUUGAAGAACUAGAAAGAGAGCGGAAAGCGUUGGAGAUGGAACAACGUCAACUUGAAAAAACGCUUCAAACUCUGGAAAACGAAAAAACUGAUCGAACAAAUAAACUCAACAGACUUCAACAAAAGUUAUCAGCGAUAGAGGAUUUAUUUAAUCGUGCUGAAACUAAACUGGCACAGCUACAAGUGCAAAAGGAACAGCAAACAGCAGCGCUCGAAUCACUUGAAACUGAACGUAAUCGAUUGGAAGAUCAAAAAAUUAAACAAACUGAUGAAACGAAUGUCUUACGUGAACAAAAAGAAGCUGCAAUCCAAGAGCGACAAACGGCCGAAAGUGAACAUAAAGAAGUUGAGAAAGCGUUGCAAAAUGCACAACAAAAAGAACGUGAUUUAGAUCGUCAACGUGAAAAGGCAAUAAGUGAUGAAAGACGUAUUCAAUCACAACUUGAUCGAGCUAUUAAUGAAGAGAGAGAAGCAGAAAGAGAGAUGAACGCUGCUAAAUCUCGACUGCCUGGUAUGGAGUCAAAAGAAACGUUGUGGAAUUUGGUUGGCGCGAUCUUUCCGCCGUUAUCAGGUUUCGCCCAAAGCGAAGUACAAAAAGUAAACAGAGCUCGCAAUGAACUGGAUGCAGCUAGUAGGCGAUACGAUGACAAAAAGAAAGAAGUAAAUGACCUUCGCAAUAAACACUCAGAAGCACAAACUAAUCGUAAGGAUGCUGUUAAACAAUUUGAAAAUGCAAGAAAAGAUGUUGCAAGUCAGCAAAGAACUGCCGUAAUGAAAUUUCAACAAUUUAACGUGUGUAAAGCAAAGACCGAUCGCUUGAGUGAAGAACAUCGAAACUCACUUCGAAGACAACAACAAACAGAAGCAAGCUUUCGUAUGGCUUCUAUUCAUCUUCAAAAAGCUCAGACACAACUUGCCAGUACUACUAAUGAAGUACAACGAUAUGAACAAGAAAAGGCAACACAUGGAAAUCAAGUUAAUGACUUGAAAAAUAAUGCAGAGCAGAUGAGAGAUGAUAUCAAUCGGCAUCAGAGAACUAUUGAUGAACAUCGCACUCUCAUGGAAGAGAGACGAGGAAUUUUAAUGGAAAAUAAACUCCAAUGUCAACUAGAACAAACUAAGAUACAACUUCUGAAAGGUGAAAACGAAAAUCUGAAACGUCAACAUGGUGAUUUAACCAACACGGAAAAGGCCAGAGUCCGAGAAAUGACAUAUCAAAACGAAGUACUUCAAUCAGAAUUGAAAACAGCUGAUGAAUUGAAGAACGACAUUAGUACGAAGAAAGAAAACUUGAAAACUCUUACAGAACAAUUGGUUGUGACCAAAACAGACUUGGAAAACGUUGCUAUAGAAAGUAAACGACUGAAAGACGAAAAAGUCGCGCUUAGUCAAGAACUUCAACAAUCUAAAGCCGACUUGGUUCAAGCCGAACAGAAAUAUCGUGAAGCUAAUCGAAACUAUCUCGCACAAAAGAAUAAGGCCGAAACCCUCCGCCAAAAUGCUGAAAUGUUAGAGAAACGAGAUGUACAAAUAUCAAGUAAUUUACAAUUCGUUCAAGAAAAAUUGAAAAAACACAAUCUACAAAUUGAUGAAAAGAAAGUUGCAGUCAGUGAAACUACUGGCAAUAUUAAUGCUGAGCGAUUAAGGUUACAGAAUGCACAGCAAACAGUUGAAAAAGCGCAGCAAGAUCUCGAAACAAUGAAGGAAAGUAUAAAAUCCAUCAACGAACAAAUCGACAAUAAAAAUAAGAGUUACAGUGAAUUAAAUAAGGAGCUCGACGAAUGCCACAAGAGCGCAGACAUAACCGAAGCAGCAAGAAAGAACAAUUUGGAACGCCUUGAAAAAGCUAAUAUCGCAUUGUUACAACUUCAGGCAGACUAUGACGAACGGACGAAUCAAUAUGCUGAGAAAAUAGAAAAUAUUGAGAAAAUCAAAAAUGCUAAUAAAUUAAACCAACCUGUUCUGCAAACAGUAUCUAACAGCAACGUUGUGAAAAAACAAGAAAAUAAACUAACAUGA